CACUUGCCAGCUAUCUCGCGAGAGGCGGCGGGCGGUGCUGUCGAUAACCCGGCGCCCGGUAGCAAGCGCUGGCUCCCUCCCUUGCAAUCUCCAAUUGCAAUUUUUCCAACAUGGCCUCGACUGGAACGUGUACCCGAUUCAGCGAUGAAUACCAGCUUUAUGAGGAGCUCGGCAAAGGCGCUUUCUCCAUCGUCCGCAGAUGUGUGAAACUGUCAACAGGGCAAGAAUAUGCAGCGAAAAUCAUUAACACCAAAAAGCUUUCUGCUAGAGAUCACCAGAAGUUGGAGAGGGAAGCACGAAUCUGUCGGCUGUUGAAACACUCCAAUAUCGUUCGUCUCCAUGACAGCAUAUCAGAAGAAGGAUUCCACUACCUCGUGUUUGACUUGGUUACUGGGGGAGAGCUAUUUGAAGAUAUUGUAGCCAGAGAAUAUUAUAGUGAAGCAGACGCAAGUCAUUGCAUUCAACAGAUCCUGGAGGCCGUACUGCACUGCCACCAAAUGGGUGUUGUCCAUCGAGACCUGAAGCCUGAAAAUUUACUCCUAGCCAGUAAAUGCAAAGGAGCUGCAGUGAAGCUAGCUGACUUCGGUUUGGCCAUUGAAGUUCAAGGGGAACAGCAGGCAUGGUUUGGUUUCGCAGGCACACCUGGCUACCUCUCUCCCGAAGUACUUCGAAAAGAAGCCUAUGGGAAGCCAGUGGAUAUCUGGGCAUGUGGAGUUAUUCUGUACAUCUUGCUUGUUGGCUACCCACCUUUCUGGGAUGAAGACCAACACAAGCUCUAUCAGCAGAUCAAGGCUGGCGCUUAUGAUUUUCCUUCCCCCGAGUGGGACACAGUUACUCCAGAGGCCAAGAAUCUCAUCAACCAGAUGCUGACAAUUAACCCUGCCAAACGUAUUACUGCCACUGAGGCUCUGAAACACCCCUGGGUCUGUCAACGAUCCACUGUUGCAUCUAUGAUGCACCGCCAAGAGACUGUGGAGUGUUUGAAGAAAUUCAAUGCCAGGCGAAAACUCAAGGGUGCCAUCCUCACUACUAUGUUAGCAACACGGAACUUCUCAGUGGGCAGACAGACCACUGCGCCAGCUACAAUGACAGCUGCCGCCAGCGCGACUGUUGGUCUCGUUGAACAAGCAGCCAAAAGUUUAUUAAACAAGAAGGCCGAUGGAGUCAAGAAAAGGAAGUCAAGUUCCAGUGUUCAAUUAAUGCCUCAGACAAACAGCACCAAAAACAACGUAGUAACCAGUCCCAAAGGAAACAUUCCCUGCCCUGCACUGGAGCCACAAACUACUGUUAUCCAUAAUCCUGUGGAUGGGAUAAAGGAGUCUUCAGACAGCAGUAACACGACUAUUGAAGACGAAGAUGUUAAAGCCAAGGGCGCUGAGAGCAGUGCUGUAAGGAACCAGUCAGGUGCUGGGCCUCAGGCCGAGGUGCUCCAGUCUGCUCACCCUCCGCCUCCUGUACUCUCUACAAAGCUCACAGAUGUUCUUAGCAGUGUGCGGAGAGGGUCAGGACCCUUUCCUGAACAUGAGGGGCCCCAGACUCCUGCCACACAGCCUCAGAUGCCUUCUCUCACUCCCUCCUCUAUCGUCCUACCUUAUAGAGCUCGGAAGCAAGAAAUCAUCAAGUUAACUGAACAACUGAUCGAAGCCAUUAACAAUGGGGACUUUGAAGCAUACGCGAAAAUAUGCGAUCCAGGAUUGACCUCAUUUGAACCUGAAGCUUUGGGUAAUCUUGUUGAAGGGAUGGACUUCCACAGAUUUUAUUUUGAUAAUUUAUUAUCUAAAAACAGCAAACCCAUCCACACGACUAUUUUGAAUCCUCAUGUACAUCUGAUUGGGGAAGAUGCCGCCUGCAUAGCAUACAUUCGCCUCACCCAGUAUAUAGACAUUCAGGGUAGGCCACGGACAACCCAGUCAGAGGAGACACGGGUCUGGCACCGUCGGGACAGCAAAUGGCAGAAUGUUCACUUCCACUGCUCGGGUUCUCCAGCAGCACCACUCCAGUGAAGAGCUGAAGAAGUUGGCAGAGUUCUGGCCCGAGCAAACAUUCAAGCUGAGCCGCGACCUGGUGGCCUCUGAAGACCAGCAGUAACAUGCACGUGUCCGCAUGCACAUUAUGCUCCUGGUGGCUGCAUAAUUGUCACGUUCGUGGAACUAUAUGGUGUUUCUUUCAACUGUCUCAAGAUGUAGACAUUAACAAAAAAAACAAAAAAAUUUACAAAAUCAAAAAUGGCUACUGUAUACGUACUUUAUAUAAUUCACAUUUGAUGGCAGUGAUUUGUACAAUUCAUUCAAAACAUUUGCCAAAGCAUGAAGGUUAAAAUUUAAUGGUGAUCAUCCUAAUCUUGGAGGGUUAGUGUUCCAUUUUAUAUUUUCUUGUACACUAAAGACGUAUCACUUAUUCUUUUGAAAACUUAAGUUCUGACGUAGUUACACUUGACUCAGUGAAAUUGUAAAUGAGGCCCUGUCACAACCACUGAUACUUUUGGAUGGUUUUAAGGCAGAAGGCAGCCAAUUGAACUAAGCGGCCAACACUUCAUUCAAAUAGGCCUCACAACCACUUUUUAACAUGUGGAAAUAAUUACUUCUGAUAUAGUCUUCUGCCAUCACCAAAUUGUCACAAAAGGUUGCUUUGGUGCAACUUGAGUAUAUGAAGAAACACAGCAACCUGAUUUUUUUCAUUUCUUAUACCUUGUGUGUGCUGUAUUGGGGGAAAAAUGAGUAGCUUUGUUUAUGGAUUUUUCUCUCGUUUCAUGUGAAAUGUGUUGAUUUGAUAUAACGUUCAAAGAAAAGGUUAAUUUAAAAGGUAACAGGUACAUCAGCUGAGAUAAGUGAUCUGUGAAAACUGAAGAGGCUUGGGAGAACUCCUCCCUGGUUCUAUUCAUUUAAGAAGUGAGUGAGUUAAUUAUAUCAUGUUGAAGUAGCAAGAUCUAAUUCGGUGUUCUUUACUGUUUUGUUAUACUGUGCUACCAACUCUAGGGUUUAAAGAAAAUCCUGUUGCCAUUAGUUAAAAUUGUAUAUGCAUUUUUACAAAUGCAUGUUAUAUAUUUAUAGCCGAUAAUUUUUGUGUUUAACUUGCCAUGGGUUCAGAUGAUGUACUGAGCUUUAUUGUUUUCAAAUUGCACAGUCUUGGAUGCGUGUUGUAAUACAAUCUGAUGCCUGAGUUCAGUCUGGCUGGAAGGCCUCUCAGAAAGGCAUGAUCACUUUGUGGUUUCUUUGUUAAACUUGUGUAGGAAAUAGCUUAUUGAAAUAGCCAAAAAAAAUGUUUUUUUGCAUGACAUAAUUAAUCCUGUUGGUUUCCAAAAUGAUUGCCUGUAGAGCUCUACAUUUGUCUUUCCCUCUCCUUUCUGAGCUUUGUAACGGCAUAAUACUUUUUUUGUCUGCUGAUGUGUAAUGGAAACCUGGUUUGCAUGCACUCGAUCAACUGCUUAACAAUUUUGUGCAGGGGCUGUGGAAACGCAUUGAGAGGACUCCUCAUCGUGUUUUUAUGGAUGUUUUAAACUAGACAGCUUAGGGGUCUUAAGUGUAAUGAGCUGUGUGUGGAUCAUAUUUUUUUAUUUUUUUUACAAGGGCUGUGGAACCCAUGAAUUAAACAAAUGAGUUUUACCUCAUUUAAUGCCUCGCGUGGCUUGAAGUGUGGAAAUGCUGAUGUUGCUGGAGAUAUUUUUACGGUUGAAAAUGAUGGACUAUAUUUGCUUUUUACACAGCAACUUGCCUGAAUAUGAAAUGUGAUUUUUUUUAAUUAUUCAAGUUCUCUGCAGCUGAAAUUCUGUCAGGUCUGGUUUAUAUGAGGACAAAAAUAUUAUGUUACAGGAUGUGGUCUAUGUGUUCCUCUCACCAUUUAAAAUUGUUGAUUAUGUUAGAAAUAAAACUUGACAUUAUGA